AUGGAGGUGGCGCUGCCCUUAGCCGGAGAUGGCUGUCUGGUUUUCGAGGUCAACAAGGAGAGAUUCGAGAUACACGAGAUUGACCCCUCGACCACCUUGCUCGAGUUCUUGCGCACGAUGACCCGUUUCAAGAGUGUCAAGCUCGGCUGCGGUCAAGGCGGUUGCGGGGCUUGUGUUGUUGUGCUGUCAAAGUACAACACCGAACUCAAGCAGGUCGAGAGUUUCAACGUGAAUUCAUGUCUUACGCUUUUAUGCAGCAUUAAUGGCUGCUCAAUUACAACAUCCGAAGGCCUCGGAAACACUAAAGACGGGUUUCACCCGAUCCAUAAAAGGUUCGCAGGCUUCCAUGCUUCGCAAUGUGGGUUUUGCAGUCCCGGAAUGUGCAUGUCCUUUUUGUCCGCGCUUGCCAAUGCAGAAAAGGCAAAAGAUCGGCCACAACCGUCCAAGGGGUUUUCCAGGCUCACAACUUCAGAAGCUGAAAGGGCUAUUUUGGGAAAUCUCUGUAGGUGUACCGGUUACCGGCCCAUUGCUGAUGCCUGCAAGAGUUUUGCAGCAAAUGUUGACUUGGAGGAUUUGGGGCUUAACUCUUUCUGGAAAAAGGGAGAUUCGGAACAAGUCAUGAUUAGUAAAUUACCAUCAUACAGUCCAAAGGAUUCAGAAUUGGGAGAUGGGUUCAAGUCGACGGGCCUUUUGAAUAAUGAGAAACUUUCGUGGUACAGCCCUGUAACAGUCGAGGAGCUUCAAAAGCUGUUGAAUUAUGAUAUGGUUGAAAACAGGACAAAGAUCAAAUUAGUUGUUGGCAACACAGCAACCGGGUAUUACAGAGAUACAAAAAAAUAUGGAAAAUAUAUCGAUCUGAGGUAUAUUCCUGAGCUCUCGAUAGUUAGAAAGGACGACUCUGGUAUUGAGUUUGGAGCGGCUGUGACAAUUGCCAAAGUGAUAUUUCAUCUGAAAGAGAAAAACGAAGCGAGCUUAGGUUCCAGUGGAGAUAUGGUGUUCACCAAAAUUGCUAACCAUUUAGAAAGGCUUGCUUCUAAAUUUAUCAGGAACUCGGCUAGCAUUGGUGGCAAUAUCAUUAUUGCACAGAGGAAGGGUUUCCCUUCAGAUGCUGCUACUCUACUGUUGGCUGUUGGUUCUAGUGUGAGCCUGUUGGCAGGUCAUAAACAUGAAAAAAUCAAAAUCGAGGAAUUCUUGAAUAGACCGCCUUUAGAUCCAAAAGCACUGCUCUUAAGUGUUCACAUUCCUUUCCUAGGACCAAAAACGAGCGAUGAUUCGACUAAAACUAGCUCAAGAUUGUUUUUCGAAACCUACCGAGCCGCACCACGGCCUCUUGGGAAUGCGCUGGCCUAUCUAAAUGCAGCUUUUUUAGCUGAUAUCAGUUACAGUACAAAUGGGAUUGUUAUAAACAAAAUUCAGCUGGCUUUUGGUGCUUAUGGAACGGACCAUGCAACAAGGGCAGUAAAUGUAGAGGAAUAUUUAACUGGGAAAGUCCUUAAUAUAAGAGUUUUGUAUGAAGCAAUCAGGCUGGUGAAAAGUGAUGUAGUGCCUAAAGAAGGGACUCCACAUGCUGCUUACAGGUCAAGCUUAGCAGUCGCUUUUCUCUUUGAUUUUCUUAGUAGCUUUUCCAGUAUGGGUUCUGCAUUAUCCGAAGGUGCGUCCAAGGAUUUGAACAGAUUAUUGUUAGAGGGAGCUGUUAAAAGCAGCAAUGAGAACAAAAUUAGUCUAAUAGAAGAACCCCCGAUCUUGUCAUCAUCAAAACAGAUUGUGGAAUAUAGUAAAGACUAUCUUCCGGUGGGUGCACCUAUGCCCAAAGUCGGUGCUGCCAUGCAAGCUUCUGGUGAAGCUGUUUUCGUAGAUGACAUUCCUUCACCCCCAAAAUGUUUGCAUGGAGCAUAUAUAUAUAGCACUAAGCCUGUGGCUCGGGUGAAAGGCAUUUCUUUCAAGUCUCACCCUCAACAAGCGGAAGCUUUUGCUGUUAUCUCUGUCAAAGACAUCCCAAAAGAAGGGGAAAAUGUAGGGAGUAUGGCCAUGUUUGGUAGCGAACCUUUGUUUGCUGACGAUGUUACUCGGUUUGCUGGUGAUCUCAUUGCUUUUGUGGUUGCAGAGACACAAAGGAAAGCAAAUUUGGCAGCAGAAUCUGCUGUAAUUGAUUAUGAUAUGGAAGGCUUAGAUCCACCUAUUUUAACAGUCGAAGAGGCUGUUGAGCGAUCGAGUUUCAUUGAUGUUCCUUCUUAUAUACGUCCUCAAGAAGUUGGUGAUUUCUCGAAAGGAAUGGCUGAAGCCGAUCACAAGAUUCUCUCAGCUGAGCUAAGACUUAGUUCACAAUACUACUUUUACAUGGAGACGCAAACUGCCCUCGCGAUCCCAGAUGAAGACAACUGCAUGGUCGUCUACAGUUCGAAUCAGAACCCCGAGUAUGUUCAGCGAGUGAUUUCAAGUUGUCUAGGUGUUCCCGAUCAUAAUGUCCGUGUCCUUACAAGAAGACUUGGUGGAGGCUUUGGCGGGAAGGCAACGAAAGCAAUCCCUAUGGCCACUGUAUGUGCUCUCGCUGCUCACAAACUACGCCGGCCGGUCAGAAUGUACAUGGACCGGAAAACCGACAUGAUAAUCGCGGGUGGCAGGCACCCAAUGAAGAUAAACUAUACCGUUGGAUUCAAAUCUGAUGGCAAGAUCACAGCCUUACACCUGGACAUCCUCAUCGAUGCCGGCAUAACCCAAGACGUAAGCCCCAUGAUCCCGAACAACGUGGUGGGGACCCUCAUGAAGUACAACUGGGGCUCACUUUCCUUUGACAUCAAACUGUGCAAGACGAACCUCGUGAGCAGAUCCGCCGUGCGAGGCCCUGGAGACGUUCAGGGAUCUUUCAUAGCCGAGGCAAUAGUCGAACAUGUGGCUUCGUUUCUCGAUUUUGAGGCCGAUUACGUGAGGAAUAAGAAUCUCCAUACAUACGAGAGCCUAAAGCUGUUUUACGGAGACUCUAGCGGGGAAUUAUUCGAGUACACUCUGCCUUUGAUUUGGGAGAAGGUGGGAAGGUCAUCUGGGUUUGAGCAGAGGGUGAGGAAUGUCGAGCAGUUUAACCGGGCCCACAUUUGGUGUAAGAGGGGCAUAUCUCGUGUCCCGAUUGUGCACCGUGUGUUAGUGAGGGCUUUCCCAGGGAAAGUCAGCAUACUUUCGGAUGGGUCUGUAGUUGUGGAGGUUGGGGGAAUAGAAAUGGGGCAGGGGCUGUGGACGAAGGUUCGACAGGUGGCGGCGUAUGCCCUUGGUAGGAUUGGGUUUGAGAAUUUGGUUGAGAAAAUUCGAGUUGUGCAGGCCGAUACUUUGAGUCUGGUGCAGGGAGGGUAUACGGCUGGCAGCACGUCUUCUGAGUCGAGUUGUGAGGCUGUUAGGCUGUGCUGUAAUGUCUUGGUCGAGAGAUUGGCCGUAGUUAAGGAGGUGCUGAAUGAGGAAAUGGGUUCUGUGACAUGGGAUGACCUGAUUCUCCAGGCGUAUAAUCAAAAUGUAAAUAUGGCAGCAAAUUCGUACUUUGUGCCUGAAUCCAGUUCUGCUGAAUACUUGAAUUACGGUGCUGCAGUAAGUGAGGUGGAGGUAAAUAUCCUAACUGGUGAGACAAGAAUAUUGAGAACGGAUAUCGUGUAUGAUUGCGGCCAGAGCUUGAACCCAGCUGUGGACAUGGGACAGAUUGAAGGGUCAUUCGUACAAGGGCUCGGUUUUUUCAUGCUAGAAGAAUACACGACCAAUUCAGAUGGGUUGAUUGUUCAAGAUGGGAUAUGGAAUUACGAGAUCCCGACCAUAGACAAUAUCCCAAGAGAAUUCAACGUUGAAAUAUUGAACAGCGGGCAUCACAAGGAACGCAUUCUCUCAUCUAAAGCUUCUGGUGAGCCCCCACUGCUUCUGGCGGCAUCAGUGCACUGUGCCACACGAGCGGCGGUUAAGGAAGCAAGAAAACAGGUGAAGGGUUGGGGAGGUGUGGAAGGGACCGAGUCGACAUUCCAGCUGGAUGUGCCGGCUACUAUGACUGUUGUUAAGCAGCUUUGCGGUCUCAACUCGGUUGAGACUUACUUGCAGUCCUUGCUCUCUGCUUGA